UCCAGCACAUUCUUGUUUUAAUAGCUAACUAAAGCUAGCAGGCCAGUCUCCGUGUGCUGCUAUUAGCAACACCGAGUCAGUCUCUGUUUAGAUCCGGUCCAGACGGUUCCGGCCUUUCAUACAGAACCGGUUCUGACCGAGACCUGCGCUGACAGCAGAGGCUACAGAUAGCGCUGUUAGCGUCGGUAGCUAACUUUAGCUCUACUCUAGUAGCAGAGUCAAAACAGAACUAACAGGAGCUAGCUGAAGCUAACGACAACAUGGCGACAGAAGAGAAGAAACCGGAGACCGAAAACAUCAAACAGCCUUCAUCGUCCUCAGGAUCCGGUACUAAGUCCAACCCGACCAAACCGAACUACACAGUGAAGUUCACGCUGGCCGGACACACGAAGGCCGUCUCCUCCGUCAAGUUCAGCCCCAACGGAGAGUGGCUCGCCAGCUCCUCUGCAGAUAAGCUGAUAAAGAUUUGGGGAGCGUUUGACGGAAAGUUUGAGAAAUCCAUCGUUGGACACAAGCUGGGGAUCUCUGAUGUCUCUUGGUCCUCAGACUCCAACCUGCUGGUUUCUGCCUCUGACGACAAAACGCUUAAGAUCUGGGACAACAACUCUGGGAAGUGUCUGAAGACUCUGAAGGGACACAGUAACUACGUCUUCUGCUGUAACUUCAACCCUCAGUCCAACCUGGUGGUGUCCGGAUCGUUUGACGAGAGCGUUCGGAUCUGGGACGUCAAGACGGGAAAAUGUCUGAAGACGCUGCCGGCUCACUCUGACCCGGUCUCCGCUGUUCACUUCAACAGAGACGGAUCACUCAUCGUCUCCAGCAGCUACGACGGCCUCUGUCGUAUCUGGGACACAGCAUCAGGACAGUGUCUGAAGACUCUGAUUGACGACGACAAUCCUCCGGUUUCUUUUGUCAAGUUUUCUCCGAAUGGAAAAUACAUCCUUGCUGCUACACUGGACAACACGCUGAAGCUCUGGGACUACAGCAAAGGAAAGUGUUUGAAGACGUACACUGGCCAUAAGAACGAGAAGUACUGCAUCUUCGCCAACUUCUCGGUCACAGGAGGGAAAUGGAUCGUUUCGGGCUCUGAGGACAGCAUGGUUUACAUCUGGAACCUUCAGACAAAAGAGAUAGUUCAGAAACUACAAGGACACACAGACGUGGUGAUCUCCACUGCCUGCCAUCCAACAGAAAACAUCAUCGCUUCAGCGGCCCUGGAAAACGACAAAACCAUCAAACUGUGGAAGAGUGACUGUUAGACUGAAGGAGACCCUGGGCUGGACUCAGGUCCAGAACCUGAACUGCCUGGGACUGGAUUCGGGUCCAGAACCUGAACUUUCUGGAACUGUCCUUUUUUAACUCUGUGUGUCAGUCACACAAGGAGAAUCCACGUAAACUCAGAAUCAAUUCGAUCUUGUUGCACGUGAACACACAGAGCCAUGAACACACCGUCAGAACAGGUCCCCCCAAGACCUGGUUUCACACCACAAACCUACUCAGUCUACUCACACUGUGCAGGUUACAAUCACUCGUUUCUGAGGGAGGUUUCUUUUUAAAAGAGCGUUUGGAGGGCGAGUUCACUGUUUUCUGACCAGAUCUUAUUAAACUUAUGAUUUUAGUCUCGGCUGAUCCAGGUCUAAGUGAUCCUGAACCCGACUGUUAUCUGUUUGUGUUAGUUUGGUUAGCUGUCACUUAGUUGCUUCCUCCCUUUCACAUUAAAAGAAUUCCAGUAGUAUUAAAAUCAUUUCCCUUCUCUGUCAGAGUUUUAUUAUCACACAAAGAUAUUUUUUUGUUAUUGGAUCGAAUUAUUUUUAAAAAAUAAUGAACAAUUUAAAAAGUUCAAGGAGAUCAAGGAAAAAUGUGCAUAAUUUAAAACAAUCCAGAAGCAAAUGACAGACGAGCCCAGACUCUGAAAUGUGAAUCUGACAGCAGCUCAUAUUCUCAUUUUUUAAUGAAUGUUUACUUUUUUUGCACAUUAAACAUCUGGCAGGUCCAAUCCAACCUUAUGAUGGCCCAACUUUGGCCUGCAAGCCGUACGUUGGGCAGCCGUCAUGAAAUCCACCAGAUCUAAUAAGAUUCCACCAAGUUACAGUUAGAAACCUCAGAAACACGUUCAUUCAACUGAGAGCAGAAAGAAGAUAAUAAACAGGAUGUUCAAACCGAGAUCACCUGAUGAUGUCACUCUGACAUCAUUUUCUCCUCCGCAGACACACAACAGGUAGACCAGGACCAGGACCAGGACCUGUUUCAACAAAAAAAACAGUGAACUUGCCCUUUA